GGAAGAUUUGAGAAUGCCGAGAUCUGCCGCCGGAGACUCGCUCCCGUUAGUCGACACAGCGUUAAGUGGCAGGGAAGAAGCACUUUUUGAAGAUCUGAAAAAACUGGAGGUGUUGCCCGAAAGAGCUUUCAUGCCGAACGUACCUAACACACGGCCACCAAAGUCAAACACGCCACUGAUGUUCGAGGCUAGGUUUCCUUCUCCUGAAAGAGUUGGCAAGGGGAUAGAAGUCUUUGAUUCACUUCAAAAUCCAAUAUCUCCACCGAAAGAUCUACAGAUCAAGUCUGAAUCCGUGGAAGACCCAAUAGAUACAUGCUCCAGAUGGCAUGAGUACAGUCCUGGGAGAGAAAGCAAAACCAGUUUGAAGGUCAAGACAAGCCCAAACUCUAAGCAUGUGGAAGAACACAAUAUAUCUGUCAAUUCAGCUGAGUCCUUACUAGAUUUCCAUAAUGCUAAGGAUGAGAGUGAAUCUCUGUUAAGAGAUAAGCCAAAGGAGACCAGCAUAAGAAUGUCAUUCUCUCCAUGGACCAAGUUGCUGAAUAUGUACAGCAGAAUGAAGAAGUCUCCUAUUCCUAAACUGCAAAACAAAGAGAGCUCCCAGGAACUUCUGAGAGAAGAGGGCCAGCGUAUUCAGCUGAUAUUGUACAGAUAUAAUGACACAAACCCUUUGAUUUUCAGUCACUUUAGAACAACUGAUUCCGUUGGUUUUGUUGAAAUGGAGAUAAAGAAAAUGCUCGAUGUUCAAAACGAGAUUUGUCUAUGGAAGAGAGAUUCGAACGAGGAGACCAGGCUGCUACAGAGGUCAGAUGUCACAUUGCAGGAUGCUGGGAUCCAUAACGAGCAGAUUCUGAUCCUCGAGGAGAAGGAUUUACACGGUGGCAGGCCUUAGACCUAGAAUGGGAACUCUUUAAAAAAAGACCCGAAGAGGAAACACUAAAUUUAUCACCAUGUUAAUACCACCGAUGGACUAAAUAACUACUGUAUAAUUAAAAAUAAUUACCUCUACCUUUCAGCCCCUCGUCAAAUAGUAUGUAAUCUACUGUUAAGUAUUAUAUUAUAUAAUAUAGCUUCUGUUAUAAU